AUGCAGACGGUGAGUCAGGAUGAUCAUGAAGCAUGGGCAAGACCAUUGCAGACGCAAACCCAGGACACGGAAAGAUAUUGGCAAUGUGACCAGGCGGGCCCGGCGGGUGCCGCGACCAUUUGCGACGACGAGUUGUUUUGGGGUGUUGCUGACCACGUCGAAUGUGCUGAGCCGCCAGAUCUGCCGGAUGUGGAGCCGAGCCAAGAGGCUGAGGAAUCCGACCCGGCUCCACUGGAUCGAUUCGAAGGGCCGCCAGAUUCCGAAGGAGAUCUGGUGACUUUGGAGGAGAUCAAAGAUCAAAUUCUUGCCAACUUCAAGACAUCUCAACCGAAGCCCGGCUCGAAAAGCCCGAAGAGUUCUCAAGGUCGAGGUCGGAAUCCAAGACCUCCAAGCCGCAGCCCAACUCGGAGCCAGCCAAGCUGUGCAAAUAGUUGCAACCGAACCCAGAAGACGCUGACGGCAAGCGCGCGGCCGACGUCCGCUCAUGAGCGAUUAUACCAGAGGAGUACACGAGCUCAUCAAAGACAGGUGGAAAGCCGGGAAGAGGAGAAACUGGCAAAGGAGAAGGCUUGGCGUCCACAGCUCCGAGAGGAUGGCCCAGCAGCUGAAGCUUGCAGAAGAUUGCAUCAUGGGACGCAGAGAAAGGAAGAGGAGCUGCUGAGGAUCCGAGACAAGUACGGGAAAGAAUUUGCUUCCAUGGCGCCUUUCUCGCCUUCAUUAUCCGAAAGAGGCAGCCCAGUUCCGCGGAAGAAGUUCCAGGACUGGGUGCGUGACCAAGAGGCUUGGAGAACAACACGGGAUGAAAAAAGGGCCGAAAGGGUAAAAGGGCAGGCGGAGGAGGAAGCAAACUACUUCAAGCAGCAUAGCGUCCAUCGCGAGCUCUCAAAUAAGGACAUGACCAAAGCGACCAAAGCGGUGGAUAGGUUGUAUUCAUCUCACAAGAAAUCCAAGGAGAAGAUUGAAAAGCUGCGAUCAGAGAAGAUGCAGCAAGAAUUGGAACACAUUCAACAAGCUUCGGUACAUCGGCGCGUGGACACACCGGAUGCUUCAGAGAAGAUUCAGAAGGUUCAGAGCUCAAUCAACCGCCUCUACCACCAGGCGACACACCCACUUGAGCCGAGCGAAAGAGACAUGGAAGUUACUGGUAACUGGAAACAACCAUGGAGGGUUGGAAUGGAAACUUGUUCAGCGACCGCUAGGACAGCCACAAGUUUUGAUAGGGUUCAAUUUGGCUGCAACUUUGCAUACGCAGAUGGCCCGCCAUGA